AUGACAGCAGACAAGGACACGAAACCCGAGUGGUACCAGGAAGACGUCAAAAGCAUCAACCCCGACGCCCAAAAUCUAUUAGAGAACUACAGCGGCUUUCAAGCCGACGAAGUCCUGCCCCAUGUCUUAUCACUGCGAGCCGAAGCAUUCCGCAUCUAUCACUAUCCCUGUAUAGGCCAAAUGCGCUUCCUCUCCUUCCACAUCCCACGCCACCCACUAUUCGAGCGUGUCCUCGAGCACCUCCGCAACAACCCCACAGCCGGCUUCCUCGACGCCGGCUGCUGCUUCGGUCAAGAAAUCCGCUACCUAGCUCACCAGGGCAUCCCCAGCCGCCAGCUCUUCGGCCUUGAUUUCGAACAGGCAUUCAUCGAUCUCGGAUACAAACUCUUCCGCGACAAGGACCGCCUAGAAACAACCUUCGCUUUGGGAGAUCUCACCGUAGACGACGGUGGCAGUGAAGAGGCUCUGACGAAGACGCUGGGCGGGAAGAUUGAUAUCGUCUACGCCAGUUCGCUUUUCCACCUCUGGGACUAUGGGACACAGCUGAAGGCUGCAACGCGGUUGGUGAGCUUGCUCCGUGACCAGGUUGGGGUUAUAGUUGUUGGUCGCCAGCUAGGUAGUAUUUUCGCUGGCGAGUAUCCUCUCACUGGAUUUAGUGAUGGGACGCAGUACCGCCAUAAUCUUGAAUCUUUGAAGGGGUUCUGGCUUGAUGUUGGGCAGGCUACUAGUACUCAGUGGAAGGUAGAGGCAGAGUUGAAGGUUGAGGAUGUUGUUCAGCAGAAUUUGAAGUCAAGCUGGGGUGACUCGAACAUGCGGAUGAUUUGGUGGAGUGCAACAAGGAUUGCAUAG